AGAUUAGACACAACAAAAUGCGCUUCCUAUUCGCUCUACUUCUCAGCGUGCUCCUGUGUCUGCUCCUGGCUCAGGAGGGCAGUAGCAGCACAUCUACAUCCUCGACGGCGACCACAUCCACCGACUCCUCUGCCACCACUACCACGGCUUCAUCCGCCACCACCACUACCACCACUGCCUCCUCCGCAUCCACCACGACCACUGCCUCCUCUUCCUCCUCCUCGGCGGAGGCCAGGAGGCGCAGACGUGCUCGCCGUCGUCGCCUGGCUCGUGAGCGCCGUCGUCGCCAGGAGCGGAGACAGCGCCAGGAAAAGAGGAGGCGCAGGAUGGAGCAGCUGCUGGUGAGGCAGCGUCGCCUGAUCAAUCAACUUCAGGGAUAGAUAGGGCUGAUUACCAAUGUUACUAGCAAUAUAAAAAUAAAGCCAUAAGUGCUAAUUAAUGUGCUAAUUACAUAUGCGUUGCUUAAUGGCCUGGUAAAAACCUACAAAGUGUAAGUUUUAGUCCUUUUAAAUGCUAAAUGUGCAAGUCAUUUACUGAAAAGUUACUAUUGCAAUAUUAUGCUUAGUAAUCUUUAUAUACAUAUUGUAGUUUUACAGUAACAAUAGACUUCUUUCGUCGGUAGGUAUCAUUACUCUAAAAGCAAUGUGAAGAAGGAAUCUUACAUGCAUGCCAUGCAAUAAUCAUAUAUUUAACGAGAGAGAAUGACAUAGUAGAGCUCCCCAAUGUGUGGGAUAUCGAUAG